AUGACCUUACCAUGCCUUCCAGCCGAUAUCGUUUCUGAGACACUCGAGCACUUACACUCAGAUCUAAAAUCCAUGCGCUCAUGUAUUUUAGUUAAUCGGAUGUGGUGUAAAGUAGCAAUUCAGAUUCUUUGGCGUUCUCCGUCGCACUAUAAAUCCCUUGCAAACUCAUCGAAAUUCUGGUCUCGCAUCGCCUAUACGGUUAUUUCUUGCUUGAUUCAGUCGUCUACUGGGAAUUUAAUUGAAAUAUUGGAGAUGGAAAAGGAUUCUUCUCAGUUCUCAAACCUUCGAAGUCGGACACCACCAUUAUUUGAUUAUCUUUUGUUUUGGAGAUUUCUUUCUCUCUCAGAUAUCAGUAAUAUCAAAAAAUACAUAUGUCUUGAAGACAAACCCACGUUUGUUGACUAUCUCUUAGAGAGCGAACUCUAUUGUAGUUUUUUGUCAUGUGGUUCCCGAAUAAAAUACCUUGAACUUCCGUUCAAUGUAUAUUUAACACAACAUCCCGGAGUAGAAAUCACAUUAUCAAAUCUUCAAUAUCUACGCUGUGAUGCCAACAUCUCUUCUGACUAUUAUUAUGAAUUGUCGAUUUGUUGUCGCACGCUUCAGAAAUUAUAUAUUGAAAUUUGGGGUGAAGAUAAUGAAGGUCUGGCAAAUUUGAUUAGAUCUCAGAAGGCGCUCAAGCACUUUGAGAUCCACUCUCAGAUAGUUCAGAUAUACCCAAUGAUUUCCGAUGCAUUGUGCACUCAGGUGAAUUCGUUGAGGUAUUUACGGAUAAUCGGGAAUCCAUGUUUUGAGACCGGUGUGAUCGGGAUGUUCAAGCAUUUGACGACAUUAAUAUUAGAAAACUUUAAUCACAAUGUUGAAAUAUUAGAACAAAUGAAUUUUCCAGAGUUGAAGGUUUUAGAAGUAGUUAAUGAUACAGUUACCCCUUUUGAAAUUUACAAAGGAAUCAUCGAGAGUGCAGCUGGAAACGACUCGAAAAAGGGUGGCGGUGGUGGAUUAAAAAGGAUAUACUGGCCAUUAAUGCAUACGACAAUCGAUUUGAAUCCGAGGGUUUAUUCCGAAUAUGUGGUUAAUUAUUGUUCUAAUAUUUUAUUUGUCUCAAUUUACGUAAAAGAGAGUUCUCUAGCUGAGCUUGAAGUUUUACUGGUCCAUUUGGAUAAUCUAGAAGGAAUAGAAAUUCAGGUAGAUAGCAAAACAAGUCCAUCACAUCUGUUCAAUUUAUUGUCUACUAAGUCGCCCAGAUCCCUUACAAUGUUGUCACUCAUGAAUUUUGAUAACGAAUGGAUGUUGACACCUGAAGAGUUGGAUGUGUUUUUUCAUGACUGGGGCAAUAGGAGGAAUGGAGAAGGCUUACGAAUAUACCUUCAACGAGAUCUAAUAUACAGUUCUCAUUACAAAGUGAUUAAGAAGUAUGGGAGAAAGGGAGUAAUACAAGAGUUUAUGGAGUAUUUCCAAAGCAUCUAUGAGAUAGAGGAGGUGAGAAAGAGAUUCGAGCAUGAUGUAUUUUCUGAUUUUAGACAUAGAAUUUAG